UUUGAAAGAUUGACCCGGAUGCUGAGUUGUUGUUGUUCUUAUUCAUUUCUCAUUAAGAAGCAAGCCAAAUAAAUUUAAAGCCAUUGCAUUUGGUUGGCAGCGUCUAAAACAAGUUUGUGACGCCAGCCGCCAUUACGCGGUCAGCUGGGCUCAGAGAUGAGCGUCACUCUGGAUAUCAAACUGAAAAGAGCCAACAAAGUCUAUCAUGAGGGGGAAACUGUGGCUGGCGUCGUCACGUUGUGCUGCAAGGAGCAGCUGCAGCACAACGGCAUCACGCUCAGCAUGGACGGCAUCGUCAACCUGCAGCUCAGCUCCAAGAGCGUCGGCGUCUUUGAGGCCUUCUACAACUCCGUUAAGCCAAUCCAGCUGAUCAGCAGCAGCAUCGAGGCGGCCAAGGCCGGGAAAAUCCCAGGAGGGAAAACGGAAAUCCCGUUUGAGUUUCCGCUCAUCAGCAAAGGCAACAAAGUUCUGUACGAGACUUACCACGGCGUCUUCGUCAACAUCCAGGUUCGGCUCGAUGUUAGCCUGUCUGCUAACGUUCUCGUAUCGACGGCUAACCAGAGUCUGAAAGAGAUUCAGUACACGCUGCGCUGCGACCUGAAGCGCCCCCUGCUGGCCAAAGACCUGAGCAGGAGCUGCGAGUUUAUCGUUCACAGUCAGCCGCAGAUAUCAAAAAUCGUUCCAACUCCGGUCAAGUUCAGCAUCACUCCAGAGACGCUGCAGAACGUCCGUGAGAGGAGUCAGCUGCCGCGCUUCCUGAUCCGAGGACAUCUGGACGCCACCAGCUGCGUCAUCAGCCAGCCGCUCACUGGGGAGGUGCAGGUGGACAAAUCCGACGUCCCCGUCAAGAGCAUCGAGCUGCAGCUGGUCCGGGUCGAGACCUGCGGCUGCGCUGAGGGCUACGCGCGAGACGCCACGGAGAUCCAGAACAUCCAGAUUGCAGAAGGAGACGUCGGCCACGGCCUCCCCAUCCCCGUCUACAUGGUGUUCCCCCGACUCUUCACCUGCCCCACCCUGGAGACCACCAACUUCAAAGUGGAGUUUGAAAUCAACGUCGUGGUCAUCCUGCAGGACGAUCACCUGAUCACCGAGAACUUCCCUCUGAAGCUCUGCAGAGUCUGAUCACAUCCGACCUGAUCGAUCGAUCAACGAUCCAUAAAAUACCGACUGCAUUCAGACAGUUUGAGCUGCACAGGAUAUUUGGUAGCUGAACAUAUUUCAGGUGAAAUUCAAACAAUAUUUGGCCUUUAAACUAAAAUCUGAAUCCAUCCCAUAAUUUUUCUGCUUGUUCUUAAACUUUGAAGAAUUUAUUAUUUUUCUCUGCAGCUCAUAUUUAUUGAUUCCACCUCAAUUAUUGUAAGUUUUUUUUAAAAUCAUGUUUGAUGAGCAGAAUUUCUAACUGAAGUUAUUUGAGCUAUAAAAUGUUUGGAAAAUAAAUUUAAUUUUUCAUGAGA